AUGGCUUCGCCAGGCCCUCCUACGGGCCCGCAACACUUUACACCGCAACAGAUCCAGCAGAUGAUCGCCAUGGAGGCCCAGAAGCGCGGCAUGACCAUCCCCCAGUUCCAAGCCUUCCAACGUCAACAAAUCGAAACCGAAGCAGCCAAAGCUGGUAUGACCCCUCAGCAAUUCAUCCAGAUGAAGCAAGAGGAGGCCCGGCAAUCCUUCAUGCGACAGCAACAACAACAACAGCAGCAGCAGGCUCCAGCACAACGCCAAGGUCAACCGGUGCAGGGUCCACAACGACCAGGAGCCCAAGUCCAACAUAUUCCUGUCAACUCUAAUGUCGAACCGACCCCUGCUGCGCUGGCCGUCGCAAAGUUUCUUCGUUCUCAAGAUCUCAAGACCAGAACUUGUAUUUUCAAUGGAGAGAGGAAAGAUAUGUUCAAAGUCAAACGCGCAUUCCGCGCCCUCCACUCAGACGCCUACAAGAAAGCCCAGAAAAAGAAUCCUGUGCUCCCCAAAGUUGAAACUGAUCUGGAGGCUCGCUCCGCUUUACAGCUCCUUCCCCUGUCCAUGCUAGCCCUCCGAGUUAGCAAGAAAGACCCGCAUGAAGGACACAGCCAUGCCAAACCCAAGAACGAGAAGAGAGUGAAAGGGUUGUGGGAAGUAAAGAUUGAACAACAACAGGAUUUUGAUCCGAUGAUGCAUUAUGUCUGGCUAUAUGAAGGACCUCAAUGGAAGACCAAAAUCUGGGCCGGUCUCGUUCUGCUUGCCGUUUUCGCUGCAGUUCUCUUUCCGCUAUGGCCACUGAUGUUGAGACAAGGCGUGUGGUAUCUCUCCGUCGCGGCGAUGGGUUUGAUCGGUUUAUUCUUUGUCAUGGCGAUUUUCCGAUUGGUUCUAUUCAUCACCACUUUCUUCCUCGUCCCGCCUGGGCUCUGGCUCUACCCGAACCUUUUUGAAGAUGUCGGUUUCUUCGACAGCUUCCGUCCACUCUGGGGUUGGCAUGAAACUAAAGAGGAUAUCAAGAGGAAGAAGAAGGAGAAAAAGGCCAGAAAAGCCGAAAAGCUUGCCAACGCAGCCGGCAAAAAGAGUGCAGCUCCCGAAGUCAAGCCCGCCAGUCCAGCGGCGGCGCCUCCUCCGGCGAAUGGGACUAUUGCGAACUCUGCUGUCGAAUCGAAUGUCAAAUCCACCCCAUCCAAGCGGCAUGUCGCACCGACGGUGGAGGAAGUCGAUGACGAAUAA